GGGAGUCCUGGCAGGACUUGCCAGGAUCAGGGCAAGACCCAUUUUGAGAGGCAACCUCCCAUGCCCAAGUGGGGCAAAUAGCAGCAGGCAGAGCCCCUUGAAAGGCAAAGACCGCUCCAGGAGGAGAGGGCCAAAAGAGGAGACUGGGAACGGAAAAGGGCUGCUCCUAUGACACAGAUGUGGCUGCGGAGGUGGAGCAGCAGGCAGGAGGCAGGUCACAAACAGCCAGCACACGAGGAAGUGCUGGGACACAAGCCAGUGUGGCCAGGGCAGCCGGCCGCAGCAGCUCCAGGUGCAGCAGACCUUUGCUGGUCAGGGAAGGACCGGGAGCAGAGGCAACCAGAACUGCAGGGACCUCAGCCAGGACCUGGAGAUCCCCUCAGCAGGAGUCUUCUUCCAGCCAAAACAGCUCUUUGUUCUGCCAAGCUGGUUGGAUCCUGCCUGGUGCUUCCUCUGGAAGCCCCCCUGGUCUCCCCGGUAGGCACCAUGGAGGCAGCAGCUUUGCCAGCUUUGCACAGAUUUAACCCAAAUACCGAAUGAAUGAUUUGGAGGAAAUCCAUCCUGGGGAAGAGAAUUGCAGCGCUUCACCAGCUUCGUUUGACGAGCCGGGGUUUAAUUGAACCCCAGGGUCUCCAGAGGUGCUACCUGCUGCUCCUUGGGGAGGCCCUCCAGGUCACACUCAACGAUGUCACUGUCUGUGCGCCCGCAGCGCCGAGUCCUCGUCACCAAGAUCAAUAGGAGCCAGUCCUUUGCAGGAGUGAACUCGACGGCCGACCGGCCCUUCAGGAACCUCUCGCCCUUCACCCCCACCGUCUCCCGCAAGACUGGCUCCAGGGUCAGUAGGAUGUUCUCAAUGUCCCACAAAUCCCCACCACCCAAGGUGCCUCAGCCCAACCGCCUGGACGAGGUGUACGAAGCUCUCAAGAAGGGCCUGACAGCCUACCUGGAGGUGCACCAGAUGGAACUGGAGAAGCUCAGCACCCAGAUCCGCGAGUCCAAGAGGAAUUCACGCCUGGGCUUUCUCUACGAUCUGGAUAAGCAAGUGAAGUCAAUUGAGCGCUUCCUGCGUCGCCUGGAGUUUCAUGCUAGCAAGAUAGAUGAGCUCUACGAGGCUUAUUGCAUCCAGCGGCGGCUCCGUGAUGGAGCCCACAACAUGGUCAAGGCUUAUAGCACGGGCUCGCCGGGCAGCCGGGAGGCACGCGAGAGCCUGGCUGAGGCCAGCAAGGGCUACAAGGAGUACACGGAGAACAUGUGUUUGUUGGAGAACGAGCUGGAGAGCCAGCUGGGCGAGUUCCACAUCCGGAUGAAAGGUAACACAUCCUGCUCCAUCCCUGGCUUGCUGCCUGCCUGCCUGCUGCCUGCUGAUGCCCCUCUGCCUUCUCUUGCAGGACUGGCAGGCUUUGCCCGGCUUUGUGCUGGUGACCAGUAUGAGAUCUUCAUGAAGUAUGGACGGCAGCGGUGGAAGCUGCGGGGGCGCAUUGAGGUGAACAGCAAGCAGGUGUGGGACAGCGAGGAAAUGGUUUUCUUGCCCCUCGUCACUGAGUUCCUCUCCAUCAAGGUGACGGAGCUAAAGAGCCUGGCCAACCAUGUUGUGGUGGGCAACGUGUCCUGUGAGACCAAGGACCUCUUUGCGGCUCUACCCCAGGUAGUGGCUGUGGAUAUCAAUGACUUGGGCACCCUCAAACUCAGCCUGGAGGUGACCUGGAACCCCUUCGACAAGGAUGACCAGCCCUCAGCAGCCAGCACUGUCAACAAGGCUUCCACAGUGAACAAGAGGUUCUCCACCUACAACCAGAGCCCACCUGACACGCCGUCCCUGCGGGAACAGGCUUUCUACAGCCCGGGGCGGGCGGCCAACAAGCAUGGUUGGUCCUUGCUGGACAUCUUUCGGGAGACACUCUUCGAGAAGCUAUCUCAAAGCUGCUCCUGCGGCGACGUCUCCUCGGCCGAGCUCGGGAGAUGGCCGCAGCAGGGCCGCAACAUGCUGCGGCGCCAGGAGGAGCUGGAGAACGGCACGGCCUGGUCCAUCUCCUCCGAGUCCUCGGACGACUCCUCCAGUCCCCAGCUGUCUGGCAGCGCCCGCCAUGCUGCGCACAAGCCUGUCGUGCAGCCCGAGGUGCAGGCCUCCGCCCCCGCCAUCGAGAUCUCCUUCUCCCAGCAGCCGGAGGAGGCCAGGGCUGGGCCCGGGGCUGGCGGCGUUGGCGUCCCCCCUGCCGGCAGCCAGCCGGAGGAGCCGGGCAGCUGUAAGAAGGUGACGGUGGCCAACGGGCACAUGCCCUACUCCCGGACUCUGAGCCACAUCAGCGAGGCCAGUGUGGAUGCCACGAUGGAGGCCAAGGCUGUGGAGAGCCCCUGGGAGCCUGCGCCCAGCCCGGAGGAGGACGCAGGGACCGGGGAGCAGGACGUGGACCCCCUCCCCGGCGCCUCGGUGGCAGCCGCCAUGGCAGGGCAGGACAGGGGUGCUGAGGCCAAGCCCCGCGCCUCUGUGGCGUGGGCCGUCACCUGUGAGGCGGAGGCUGGUGGGGCCGAGCCAACGCAGAGCCGGGUGCCAGCACAGGGCGGCUGCGGCACUGGGGACCCCACAGUGCUGGCACAAGCCUCCGUGGAGGAGAGGCCCGUCCCCGCCCCGCCGCUGCCUGCUGACAUCCCCGAGGUGCCGCGGGGGAAGGCAGUGGAUUCGGGUCUGGAGGAGGCCAUUGGCCUCCUGGGCUCAGCCCUGGAUGACUACCGGGGGCAGUUCCCAGAGCUGCAGCCCCUUGAACGGGAGCUCAAGCGCCUGGAGGAGAUGCUGCUGCAGAAGCAGGGCAUCUUCCUCAGCCGGGCCUCCAGCAUCAGCCUGACAGUGGAGCAUGCGCUGGAGAGCUUCAGCUUCCUCAACACCUCCGACAUGGAGGACUCGGAGGGCUCCGAGGAGGAGCCUCUCCAAGACGAAAGGAGGGCUGGAAGACCCCGGCGCAGCAGCAGGGCCACCAGCGCUGGCGAGACGGGGGCAGACGACACCGGCAUGUGCAGCGGCUCUGAGGCCAGCACCGACCCCAUGACCACCGGCAACGAGUUCCUGGAUAAGGCCCUGGUGCUUCACCUCAACAACUGCAACCGCCUGCUGCUGAAGCUGGGCACCUUCGGUCCCCUGCGAUGCCGGGAGAUGUAUGCGCUGGACAGGCUGAUGCAGGAGGCACAGGUGCUGGAGAUCGUGUGCCAGCUGACGGAGGAGCGAGCGGGAGCAGCCAGCUCUGCUGCUGAAGUGGUGCAGUUCUCGACACGGAAGGAGGGCGUGCUGCCCCUUUGGGACCGCUGCGUGGAGGUGCCCAAUGUCUACACCUGUCCCGCGGAGCGGUUCCUGCAGGUGCUCAGCGCCCAGUAUGCAGCACCCAUCAGCGAGCGGCACCCUGGCCUGGCUGAUGCCGUGUGUGUGAAGCUGGUGGAGGAUGUGAUGAAUCGGCGGCUGCCCCGGCGGCCUGGCAGUGCCCAGGGCGAGGAGAUCACCAUCUUCCAGUACUGGAGCCAUUUUGAGUCGCUCAGCACCCUGGUACUCGACAUCUACAUGAUGGAGCUGGCAGAGGAAGCACUGCUGGCGCAGAACCUCAACUCAGAUGACCAGGAUGUGGUGCUGCGUGCCCUGAAGCGCGUGCCCGAGGGCCGCCUGAAGAAGGAGGGACUGAAGGCCCUGAGCCUGCUCCUCGUUGAGGGCAACAGCAAGGUGGUGAGCGCCGUGUCGGCCCAGCUCCGCAGCCUGGCGGAAAACCCCCGCUUCCGCCAACGGGCCCUCGUGUGCUACCUGGAGCAGCUGGAGGAUGAGGAGGUGCAGACGCGUGUGGCAGGGUGUGCGGCGCUGGGCUGCCUGAAGGCCAAGGAGAGCAUUGAGCAGCUGGUUUACCUGUGCCAAACCGACAAGGAGCCUGUGCGGGAGGCAGCCAAGCAGAGCCUGAUGCUGUGCGGGGAAGAUGGUAAAUCAGCUCACCGGCGGCUGGAGGAGACCCUGGACAGCCUCCCAAGGAUCUUUGCACCAGCCAGCAUGGCCAGUACAGCUUUCUGAGACACCACGCAAACCCACCUGCCAUCCCUUGAGGGCAAAGGCACCGCUGGGCUGCCCCGGGCUUGCACAGACUGGGGCCAGCCGGGACCCGGCAGCUCCCGCUCUAGGCAGCACACCGCAGUAUUAUCCCCGCUGGCAGCUCACCACGGCUGCACACUGCCUUACGGAGCACCGCUUCCCUGCCACUGACCACUGGCCCCACGGGGUGCCAUGUACACACCCCUUGGCAGGGCGGACUCGCUGCACAUCCCACCCUCUGAUGGCUAUUUAAAAUACACGGGGAGCCCACCCUUCCUGCCCCCCUCGUCGGCUACAGCUGCUGGGACCGGAGCGGUAGGGAGAUGUACUGGAUUUCUCUGCCUCCUCUUGCCUUCCUCUUGCUUGAGGGCACGUGCCCUGUCCUAGAAGGACCUGCACUUUGGAAACCACACUGUUUCUUUCCAGGAGUUGCCUGGGCCGUGGGGACUGCUGCCCUUUGCCACCUGGAGUCCCCAGGACUUAAAUAAAAUGAAAUAUAUUAAUAUAUUCUGCUGGCGUUUCUUCUUUCCAGCUCCACGUGCUCCUGUCCCUCCCCAGCUGUGGCUGUAGGGAGUGUAGUGAGAUGUGGCCCCAGCCCAGAGCCUUUCCUGGUCUGUUGGGAAGCGCCGUGGAGGGCAGGGGCAGGAGGAGCAACAGAGGGACGGACAGAUGGACGGACAGAAGCUGCCACCUUUUUUUUGUUUAUUUUAUUUUUUGUUUACAGAUUUUUGCAGAAAAACAAAAGCAAAAAAUUCUUUUCUAUAAUGUCUCUAUAAAUCUAUAUAUAAUGUAAGUACAGAGAACGACUAAUUUUGAUUUUAAACCAGCAAUAAAACCAAACCUUUAAUGAG